GCGUACGAAAAGCGAAAGUCGAAUGCGAACAAUGCUUUUUUUAGCCUGCUAAUUUGUUUACAUGUUAAGCGAUAUUUUGUAGACGCAGCUACUAUGUUUCCAUAAACUAACAAAAUUUGCCCUGGAAUUAACGGCUCCGGAUAUCAAGACUGACAUUAGUCUCGAUGCUGACAUUUUAAACAGCGGUUUUUAAUCUACUCAGAGAACAAGAGGGUGAGAGGGGAUGGGAUCAGAAUAAAAAGGGGAAGAUUACGAGAGGGACCGAGGGGAGGAGGACCGUAAUCGGAUUAUGAAGCCGUAGUUGGCAGAUGCCUCAUUCCCUCCGCGGUAGGUGUUGCAGAUCACUUUAUAGUCCAUGUCUAAAUAUUAAAAUGAUACGAUUUCAUUGGAUAUAUAUCCGUUUGUUAAAUUUGGAAAUGACUUUGAAAGAUACGUAGUUUUUCUUUCGUUUAUACAUGUGGAAUUUUGAGUACGUUUACUAGUGUUUAAUUACUUUUUAUAAACGGAUGCCAACUUUGAUAAAAACCUCCUUUGGAUUUUGAAGUUAAAAAUGAAUGCGAACAAACACAAACCUCCGUGGAUCGGACAGCUUUUAAUAACUGUUUGAAAGUCUUUAACUGAGUUUAAAUCGGACUUCAAGGAUAGCGAUUAGUGAAACACUCACUCUGGAUGUCUAACGCUGAGUGAAGUUUCUUCGCGAUCCUAAUUUCCUAAUACUUGGAUGUACUUGGAUUGGGUGUCACCGUGCUUCGAAUGAAAGUUUUUGCUCCGGGAGAAAUUGCAUUUACGGGGUUAAAUGAUGCUGAUAACGGACCACAGGGACAGAGGAAGAUCCUCGUCUAUCAAAUUAAAGCACAUUUCGCAAAUCAAAUAUGGAGAUGUGCUGGUUCAUCCCGCACCAGUUGAGCGGUCAGCAUCGCUAUCCGAGGAAGACGAUCAUCCGUCUUAUUCUGAAUCAGGAGAGGACUACGAAGAGUUCGAUGAUUUUUCGGAGAUACCCGACACUAGGAGCAUCGCUUCGGAUGACUCUUUCUACCCGAUGGAGGAUGAGUUGGCAGGAGCCGGCACCUGGCCACAUGCAGAGUGUUCUGCGGCGCCUUCUUUUUUCCAGGCGUGUAGCACCAACAAUGCAGUCGGGAUUAAGAUAAUGAUAAGACAAGGUGUGGCUGAAGAAGAAGUUAUGAAAACAGAUAAAAACAACAGGACGGGGCUGCUGGUCGCUUGCUAUCAGGGCUACGAUGACGUCAUCGUUGCACUGGCACAGUGCCCCUUCGUCGACGUCAACUGGCAGGACAAUGAAGGAAACACGGCUCUCAUCACGGCCUGUCAGGCAGGACAUAUAACUAUCUGCAACUACCUGCUCAACUAUUAUCCCGGCCUGGACCUCGAGCACAAGAACUGCCACGGCUUCACAGCCCUCAUGAAGGCCGCCAUUCAGGGCAGGACAGAAUGUGUCCGGACUCUAAUGUUUGCAGGGGCGGACCUGGGUGCCCAUGACCCUGGGCGGAAGCUGACAUCUCUGGAGUGGGCCGUGUUCACAGGCCGCCACGAGACCGCUUGGCUGAUGACACGCCUGCUGGCCAGGCCCUGCCCGGAGCAGUUCUCCGAGUCCUACAGGCUGGAGUGGCCCCUGCUGCCUGACUUGGUGGCUAAGGCCAAGAAGCAGAAGGGCUGCCUGAGGAAGAUGACGGAGGCCAUCCGCAACUCCUUCUUCUUCAGGACGCACGGGGAGCCGCAGGAAGACGGCGUGAUGGACCAUAUGGUGCGUCUGACCACUGGGAUAGGCAGCCCCUUCGUGGCCACGGCCUGCCAGACAGUGUGCCCAAGCAGCCCCCCUCGCGUCGGCAAGCGGCACUACUCUGUGCAGGAGAUCCUGAAGAAGCAGCGGGCGGAGCAGCUCAGGAACCUGGGGUCUGAGCACCUGGACAGCUACAAGAAGCUAUUCCAGAACUCCCAGGUCACUCUGGUGCCCAGGAAGAAGGAGCGCAGGGCUAGCCUGCAGCCCCAGGACCCGGCGGGCGGUGGCGCGGUGGCACUGAGGCGCAGCAGCCUGCUGCCCCUGCAUCUGGUGCGCCGCCGGAGCGUACGGCCAGGCAUGGCUGUGCCCAAGGUCCGGGUGACCAAGGCCCCGGCACCGCUGUACGUGCCCGAGAAGGAGCAGCAGAAGAACGGCACGGUCAAUGAGAAGCUUCUGCAGAUCCCCAAGUGGAGGUACAAGGAGCUGAGGGAGGAGCGGAAGAAGAUGGACGAGGCAGAGAGGAAGAAAAGGGAAGCACUGCCUGAGAAGAAGCGCACGUCUGCGUGGAGGAGGACGUAACAGCCACCCGGCCACUUCCUGUCGAGGCAUUAGCCCUCGCUGCUGAGCUGAGCCACACCAUGUGAGAAUUUCAUACUUGAACAAGAAUUCAUAUUUAUUUUCCUAUUUAUUACUUGGAGAGAAGUAAUUGAUUUUUAUAAAACUUUUUGUAGAUUGUCACAGAGGGAAAUCCACUAAUGGUAACCAAAGGAUCAAAAACCAAAUUAUUUAUAAGUAAUUUCCAUGUGAUAUGGCCAAGUUUUCCUCCUUAUUAGCUCUGUUAAAUGCUCAAUGUGCUGUAGUUAAUUCACUACGAGUGACAACUUUUGCCCAAACACUUCUGCUCAGAGGCUGAUGGAAAGCGAAAUCUGACAGCAAAAUUAAGGUACACUACAGGGGCAGAACCAUCUUAAUGUCUAAAUGCCGUGCAACGAAUGUACCCCACCAUUAAAUUGUAACUAAUCGCAAUUGCGAGAUACAUCUCAUCUUCAGACAUGAUUGCAGUUUCUAUCUACACUUAAUGAAAUAAAUAUAGGAUACACUCUCUCUGCACUGACAGACCCACUACCCUCCACCACGAGAAAGUCAUACAUUUAUAAAUUCCAAAUGGGCCAAGUUUAUUAAUAGCCAACAGAAGACAAGUUAACCUUCCUGAAUGUUAACUGGCUGUGCCGGGAAAUCUGCCUGUUAGGCUAAGCUGGGCCAUGCCUGGCUCCUCUGUUAACCAGACCGACUCGCUUAUAAUCAUUGUACCUCUCAGAUGGUUUUAUUGCUAUUCUGCUUGUCAUCUCCAUUAAGUUUUACGUGAGAGGCCCUAUAUUAAAGUAACCCAUCCAUAUCUGCACAGAUCUGGACAUCCCCUUUAUAGCAGUGAGGUCAUUUUUGGGGUUUAACUAUAGGCUGCUGGGUAGGUAGUUAAGCUCAGUAAAGCUAACACUAGUGGGAAUUUUACUUGCACAAAAAUUGUAGAGGAGGUGGGUCCAAGCAGCUAGAGGAAUCAGGACCAAGACAUCUGAUUGGUGUGUCCCGCUUCAUCUAGUUGCUUGGACAGACCUCCUCUUCAAUCUGAUUUAUCAUCUCUCUGGACCAAUCAUUUCCAUUCUGCCCUCAGAACAUUUUUGUGUAAGUAAAAUUCCCAUGAGUAAACUGAUCAUCUCCCAGUCUUAGAAUUUAAACGGUGACAAUGUGGCAGUCUGUGUUGCUUUGAUCCAUCUGUCCUUGUGCAUUUUAUCCAUGAGCUCAUCACACCCAUGGCGCGUGGAUGAUGUGCUCCUAGAGAACGUGAGAAAUCCCUCACCACUCUCACGGCCCUCAUGGGAGCCGCGUAUCAUGAGAUCACCCCUCACUGAUGGCCAGCGUCUGCUCCUAGGGCUGUCCUUCAGUCACGGCAUCACAAAAGAACCAUCUCAGGAAGAUUCCUCAUACUGUCAUGUUUGUCAGAGGAGUGUGUCUGGAAUUGAGGAAUUAGACCCAGGCUCUGUGAAAAGCUUAGAAAAAUCAGGUUCGUUUGAACACUGGUUGGCUUCCCACGCGCCACGUCAUCCCCUGGCUCCCCGUGUAGCUGGGAUGCAGCCUGGGGCGAGAGGCACGGUGGUAAUUUUCGCACGGCUAAAGUCUAUGAGGAACACUGAUAUAGCGGCAUGGAAACUUGUUUACAUUAAGACAAUGAUGCUAAAUGUGUGGGGAAAAUGUAACUGCAAUAAAGUCCAGAAGCCACUGUGAAGGCAGAACCUC